AUCUCGCGAGAGCUCCGCGUGGCUGUGGCUGGCCGUGGCUUUGCAGCAGACGGAGGGAGAAGGCAGGCAGGCAGGCAGCAUCAUGGCGGACAGAGACAGUGGAAGUGAGCAGGGAGGAGCAGCCCCGGGCCCAGGCUUCGCUUCCAUGCACCUUGCGGCCGGGGGGGCGGGCUCGGCUUCCGGGCUCCAGCACGAGACGCAGGAGCUGGCGUCGAAGAGGGUUGACAUCCAAAACAAACGCUUCUAUUUGGACGUUAAGCAGAACGCGAAAGGCCGCUUCUUAAAGAUAGCAGAAGUCGGGGCCGGUGGAAACAAGAGCCGCCUCACUCUGUCCAUGUCCGUGGCGGUCGAGUUCCGUGACUACUUGGGGGACUUCAUCGAACACUAUGCCCAGCUGGGUCCGAGCCACCCGGGGAUGGUACAAGACGAGCCCAGGCGGGCGCUGAAGAGCGAGUUCCUGGUGCGGGAGAAUCGGAAAUACUACAUGGAUCUGAAAGAGAACCAGAGGGGACGGUUCCUGAGGAUCCGACAGACCGUUAACCGGGGGCCGGGUUUGGGAUCCACGCAGGGCCAGACCAUUGCACUGCCCGCCCAGGGACUUAUUGAGUUUCGUGACGCUUUGGCUAAACUUAUUGACGAUUACGGUGUUGAGGACGAACCUGCGGAGUUGCCCGAAGGGUCAUCCUUGACUGUGGACAACAAGCGCUUUUUCUUCGACGUGGGAUCCAAUAAGUACGGUGUGUUUAUGAGGGUAAGCGAGGUGAAGCCCACGUACCGUAACUCCAUCACGGUGCCCUACAAAGUGUGGUCCAAAUUUGGGAAUACUUUCAGUAAAUACGCCGAGGAGAUGAAGAAGAUCCAGGAGAAACAGCGGGAGAAAAGGGCAUGCGAGCUGCAGCAGCAAGAGGAGAUGCAGGCGGAUGAUGGAGACGAGGAUUGAUAUAGAGAGCGAAACAAAAAAGCAAAAAACAUGCAAGAGUAAUGAAAAUAACAAGAGAAGUAUAAUUAAAACUCUACUGUAUAAAGAAAGAAAUCUAAAGAUUUAACUGUAAUGGUUUAACUCCAAGGGAGCAUCACCCACAAUAUAAGAAACCUCCACAACCUGACAGUUAUGACAUGUUGUCACUCAUCGCUGGAUGUUACCCCACUUAUCCACCAUUUAAUACAGUUAACAGGCUGCUAAACAAAGUAAUAACAUUAUAUUUGAACAUUGUUUCCUACUUGACGAUAUUGAACUGAGUGUUUAUUUCCCUUAUUAACAGAAAACUUUUGUACCAGUUAAAGCUAUUGUAAAAAAAGAAAAGAAGAAAAAAAAAGUGUUUGCAAUGUUCAAAUGGAAUUAUUGCCGAGUUCAGAGGAAAAAAAAAAUGUCUCCUUUUCAUGUGAGCUAAUGACUUCAGCACAAAUCAGAUAUUUUAAUUUUUAAACCAAAAUUGAAAAACUUUGUAAAAGGUUGUCACAUGUACUUGCCAUCCUAUUUACCUUUACCUGUGAGUAGAGAUGUGUUUACACAUAAAUCAUAUGAGGGCUAGGCCUGCUUCGGAAAACUGGUUAGAUGUCAUGCAGUAUAAAAAAGGAAUAUAUAGGCAUUUUCAUGAAAUGAAAUAAGUGCUCUAUUUGUUGUGCAAUAUGCAUUGCAUAAAAGUCAAAUAUAUAUUGAACUGGUCAAUGGAUCCUGAGUGAUGACAUUUGCCAGAAGCAUUUUAAGGAAAUAUGAAUAUUGUAAUUUCUGUUUCAGUUGAAAAUGUUGCCAUGCAGAUGGAUAUAUAAUAGACUACCUUUGUGUCUCGUUGUUAAUGCAAUGUGUUCAUUUUAAAGGUACUAAAUGUGUAUUUGAUAGAGGGAAUGCAGUGACAACAUGUAGCAAAAGGCCUGAAUUGCAGAUUUAUAGAAGACAAACACCCUGCACAUACUGUGGUAAUUGGUCAAAUCCAGCAAAAGCAUUAUUGGUUCGUAUUUCUGAAACAGAGACGUUUUGUUAUCUUGUUUAGUCAUACAAGUCUAAAUGGUGCCAAGGAGUGCUGUUGCUGCAUGUUAAUCUGCACUAAGAUUUCGUUGGUCUCCCAAAAUAUUGGCUCAAGGACCCUUCCAUAUGUAUCUAAAUCUGCCUAUAGUACACAGAUCUCAAGUUCAAGUACUGAGUGAGUUCCAUCCAGAGGUUUGGUGUAGUCAUAGUGGAAGAUGUUUAAAAGCGUAAUUUUAAAAGGAGCGACCUUGUCAACGGUAAUCAAAGCAUCACCAACACAGAAUGAGGAGGGCUUCUGAGAAGCACGCCUGGCUUAACCGUGAUGAAGAGGGUUCGAUUCACCUUGCUGAAUCUCGAGUUUGUCAUUGGAAGUGCCCUUCCUGAAAGGUUUCGGAUCUCGAGGUGUGAAGUUCAGUGGGGCUACUUUAGAUACAUUCUCUAAACUCUACUUCAGAUUUGUAAGCCCAAAUAUCUACCUGUUGGUGGUGAGAUUGUGUCUUGGUCUAAUUGUAAAUAUUUGGGCUGCCACACGGAAAAUAACUGGUUCUAGCCCAGUUCAGUCGCAUCUCAUAGAUGUGUGAUAGCAGUUUUAUAAACUCUGUCAGUAAUCUCCAGAGAAGCUGGCAACAAUCAGAUAAUGUCAGAGUUACCUCAGCAUUGAAUUAAAUGAUUGCUCCCAUGUUUAGAUUGACUGGAAACCAGCAAACUAGACUGUCCUUGACCACCUAUUUUUGGAGCCUUUGGUAUAGCCUAAAUGAUACCUGAUUGGGAGCAUCCUCUUCAGCAUAUAAACAACCUGGUGCCUUACACACUCCGCAUGCUUACACGCUGGCCUGGUGCUUUGGAUCGCAGUUUGGCUUCUUUCUUACGUUCUUGUUUCCUCUUUCUUCCAUUUUUUUUGGUUUUUUUUGUGUGUCUCAGCCCCCUUGUGUGCUAGUGCACGACUCGUGGUGCUAAAAGAGCUCGUUCCGAACUCUUUAACAAAAAACAGGAGCAGAAUUCUUAACUCUUAUUUUUUUUUCUUCUUCUUCUUCUUCUUCUUCUUCUUCUUCUUCUUCUUCUUCUUUUUCUGCUACCUUCCUCCUUCCCUAACUUCAUUGCCAUCCCCAUUCCCCAGCCAUCCAGGUAUCGGCCUACUUGUAAACAUGGAAAUGGGUGGUCACCUUGAUGCAAGAUGAUGCAGAAGAGUCGGCUCUUCACUAGACAAGCGCACUAGCAGGGAGAGCAGGGGCUGAUUGGGAACAUCAGCAGUGGCCUGACAUGGUAGAAAUAGUCUGAAAGCCCCCCCCACCCCUUGAAAUGCUUGUUCUUCGGCUUGGGUAGUUACGUGUAAGUUAUUUGCUCAAUUAAUGGGGAGUAGCAAGCAUGUCUUGUUUUUUUUUUAAUUUUGUUUCUUUUUGUUUAUCUAGUUUGACCUUUCUGGCGUUAUUCCACAUUAUUUGUAAUUUUGGAAUGUUUUCGCCCACACAAAAAAUAUAUCUAUUUUUUUUGUGCAACAUUUCAUCACUGUGUGCAAUAUCGUAUGUGCCAAUGGUGGCAAUAUAUGUAUAUCAAUUAAAUAUAUGAUUACUAUUUGAAAGCAUGUGGCUGAAUUCCAUGUUUAUUUCUCUUGAAGGAGUUGUACGCCUUUAUUUGCACUCAAAGCUCCAUCCUGGAGGAAAAUAUACUAAACCAAGGUCUUAGCAGCCUGUUGGGUCAAGCAGUUCACACAUGUACUUUAACUUGAACUAGAUCAUUGUCUCUGCAAGUAUGCCCCUCUCAAGGAAACGGGCACACUUGGCUAAUGGUUUGUUGAAGGUAGACUGUAAACAUACAAUGGAGUUUUUUGUGAAAAGGAAAAAUUAAAAAAAAAAAAAAGAAAAGAACGAAAACCAGUGAAAACUCCAUUUUAGCUUUAAGCUAAGAAAAGGUGCUUCAGUCAAUCCUCAUUAAGGUGUACGGUGAACUGUCUUCAGUGGUUGUUGUGUGUAGCACUUUGCUUUCCCAGGUGAAUGAAAUGCCUGACCAAUACUUGUUUAAUAUGAUCUCAACAAAGAAUGUCGUUCUCUGUUAUGUUGCCUCUUUUUUUUUUUAAGAGGGUAUUUGAUUUGCUCAUUUGGUUUUGAUGCAUUACAUAUAAUUUAUGUACAUUUGACAAAUUUAAAAAGAAUAAUAAAUUUAAUUUACCCAUGAGGGAAAAUCUACAUUCAAUAUGUAUGUGUUCUUCAUGUUUCAUUUCUUGUUGGG